GUCGGACAAUUCAUACCCGGUUGUGAUUUUGUGGUGUACGCACGCGUGACUUCGCGCACUCCUAACUCUUUGUAAUACUUCAACAUAUUUAUGUACCAGAAGUUGUACAUAGUGUUACCGAACAACCAUAUAUUGCUAGUGUGUGAAUUUUACUAAUUAACAACUUAAAAUUGUAUUGUAAAUAAUAUCAAUCUAUAUAUUGUAUAUAUUAUAUAUACAACACAUUGUGUAGUGCAGUUGGAAUAUUGGUGCUGAAUGUGAAAAUGAUACGAUUAUAGACGAAUUAAAAAGCCAAACAAGUUAGCAAACAAAAUGCCGAUAUAUUUCUAGAAACGGCCAAAUAUGCAUUAGUAAUGCUAAUAAUAAAAUAAAUAAAACUAAAUUGUUUAUAUAAUAAAAUUAUUAUCGACCAAUAAAAAUGGAUACAAAUCAGGCGGCCACACAUCGAUCCAGUGAAAUUGAACAAUUUUUAUUUGAUGUACGUGAUCACUUUCGAGCGUCUCUUGAAACAUCUGAAUAUGAGAAUACAUCUAAUAUAUUCCACGUAACAGCAGCAAAGGAAACAUUUAAACUACUGAAACGUUGUGAAACCCUAUUGAAGCAAUAUUCAGUUGUCAACCAAAAACAAAGCGAUCAUAUCCAAAAAGAUACUUUAAAGGUUACUAUUGAUGACAGACCGAAGACCAAUGUAUUCCAUGAAGAUGUUUCGUAUUUGGACAUGACAGCUGCAAACAAGAAAAUGAACGAGUCCAAAGAAUACCUUGGUGAUAUGAUGAAUUCUGCAUACAGCGAUAAAACAUUUCGCUGCUCCACUAGUAUGACUGAAGGACCAAUUGGUAACAUUUUACACCGUAGUGCUACUUCACUUAAUAGUGAAAAAAAUGAAAAAAUUUUACAACAUAAAAAAUUAGAUAUUGUAAAAAGUAAUAGUAGCGAGAAGUUCAUUGAAGACAUUCAACAGGUCUAUGAUGUAUGUCUUGCUCAGGUAGAUUCGGAUGAAACCGAGAAAGCUAUUACUCCUGAUAUGGAUUUAAUAAAUUCUGCAGACUGUCCUUAUAUAGACUUACCAGCUGGUCAUUUGACGAUACAACAAUCAUCUAAAUAUGGACAGCUAAAUCGCAUAGAAAAACGUUUAUUUUUUGAUCAAAGUAAAAAGUAUUAUUGUGGCAUUCUAAAUGAUUGGUUACUAUGUUACGCUGAUGGUCCUGUUUCGUCUUGUCCCACUCACACAUUGUAUUUAAAAAGUAAUGGCAUAGAAAUUGAACAUUCGGGAGAAGGCAAAAAGCGUGAUAUUUGCUUUCAAAUAACAACUGCCGAUCCUAACAUAAAAUUCGUGUUUCAAGCGAAUAAUGAAGUUGAUGCCAAAGAAUGGAUACAUGCCAUUGAAGCUGCCAUACGAUGUGACAAAAGUUCUGUUGCAAAAAAUAAUCGCAAGCUCCCUACACCUCCUUUAUUUAAGAGAUUGACGUAUAAUGGCUGCCAUGGGAAAAUUAAUGGCACAACUUCAAACUUUGGCAGUUCAGACAGCAUUUACGAAGAACCAUCACCUCUGUAUCAAUUUCUCGAACCAACAGAUCUUUUGAUUACUAAAACCACACAAACUAUUAACAAGGAAAUUGCUGAUCAACCUCCUGACUUACCAACAAAAAAUAAUAAUUCCAUUGAUAUAGAACAAAAAUAUGAAUAUGACAUACCAAAGUGCCCACCACAGCCAUUGAAAAAUUCAACCGAUCAAGUUGAAAAUGCAUUACAUGAUUCCGACACUUUUGAAACCUUAAUGCUUAAUCCCAUGAAUAAAAAUCAAUCUACACUGAGUGCAAUAGCUUCGAGAAGUGUAGAGAAAACUGAUUUCCAAGCAGUAAUUAAAGAUGUACACAAUAAACUUUCUAGUCAACUUUCUGCUGGACAAAGUAUUGAACGUCUAAAAAAAACGCCCAUAAAGAAGACAUAUUCUUGUAGUUCUAAUGAUUCGGAGUCCAUAGCAUUAACAACACCUCCUCAAUCAUUAAAAGAGCAAAAGAAACAACGUAAAUCAAUUACUCCCAAUGGAAGUAUACAAAAAAAGAAUGAAAGCAAUGAGAAAUCUGCUAAAAAUUGGUUUCUGAAUCGUUUAAAUAAAACGACUUCUUCCACACGCUCCAUGACGAUUUCUUCACCGCCGAAGACCAAACAAAGCGAGAAGGAGAAUUUAUUAAAUAGUGUCGAGGUGUGUGAUAAUUAUGAUGGUUCUAGUGAUACUCCGAUACUCAAAUGCAGUAGCAGUAGCAGUAGUAGUAACAACAAAAGUAAAGUCAAUAUGAUAAUAAAUCAGUUUGAGGCCAGUGGUCAUCUUGCUAUGUUUAGUGUCGAAACAUUGGCUAACAAUGCGGUUUCUUCUUUAAGUGCCUUUUGCGAUAGUGAUUGCAAUAAUUAUGAGCCAAUUAUGGCUGUGUCAUCACCACCAAAUAGUUUUAUGAAGAAAGUUUAAAUACAAUAUUUAAUAAGAAUA